CUCUCUACCUUUCUUUCUGUCUUGUUUAUGUCUAUAAAACCCAAACAUUCCACAUACCAAAUCCUGCCUCACCCCUCAAACAAAGAAAUAGAGAAAAAAGUAUGAGGAACCAAUUGUAUUUGUUACUUUUCGGUGUUUUUGUGUUCAUCACUUUGAAUAAAAGUGUUCAUAUUUCAGCUCAAGAAUACAUUAGUUUGAGGAAAGAAAAACAUAGACAUGAUGAUAUGCAACAAAUGGAACAACCAUUAGCAGGAAUUCAAAUCCACAAGACUGUUCUUGCAUUAACUAAAUCUGCCUCCAUUCAUGUUGAAGGACCUAUGCUUCUUGGCUCUAUGGGUGAAGAUGUUGAAUGGGUUACAAUAAACCUAUGGAAUGCAAAUCCUACAAAUGAUGAUUGGGUUGGAGUUUUUUCUCCUGCAAACUUCAAUGAAUCCAUUUGUCCCCCAGUUACCAUCGAUGAACAACAAUUUGGAGCUCCUUUUUUAUGUACUGCACCCUUAAAGUUCAAAUAUGCAAAUUACCAAAAUGCUAAUUACACAAAGACUGGGAAGACUACACUGAAAUUCCGUCUAAUUAAUCAGCGUGGGGAUUUCUCCUUUGCCUUCUUUUCUGGCGGAUUGUCUAAUCCUAAGUUGAUAGGCGUCUCAAAUUCCGUCGUAUUUGCCAAUCCGAAAGCACCUCUUUAUCCGCGUCUCGCUCUUGGGAAGUCAUGGGAUAUCAUGACGGUUACUUGGACGAGUGGUUACAACAUAGACGAGGCUGUUCCAUUUGUCGAAUGGGGUUGGAAGGGCCAAGAGCAAAAGCGUUCCCCAGCAGGAACACUCACAUUUCAUCGGAAUAGCAUGUGUGGAACACCUGCAAGAACUGUGGGAUGGCGCGAUCCUGGAUUUAUACAUACAAGUUUCCUCAAGGAUUUGUGGCCAAACAUGGUGUACACAUACAAGUUAGGACACAUGUUAAACAAUGGUUCAAUUGCUUGGAGCAAGCAAUAUUCGUUUAAGUCUCCUCCUUUUCCGGGACAAGAGUCAUUACAACGUAUUGUGAUAUUUGGAGAUAUGGGGAAGCAAGAGCGCGAUGGUUCAAAUGAAUAUGCUAAUUAUCAGCCAGGUUCACUUAUGACAACUGACACUCUUAUUAAGGACCUUGAUAACAUUGAUGCGGUUUUCCUCAUUGGAGAUCUCCCUUAUGCAAACGGAUAUAUCUCACAAUGGGAUCAAUUUACAGCGCAAGUAGAACCAAUAACAUCGAGAGUACCUUUCAUGAUUGCAAGCGGUAAUCAUGAAAGAACUUGGGAGAACAGUGGAUCAUUAUACACCGGUCUAGACUCCGGUGGAGAAUGUGGUGUACCAGCUGAAACAUUAUACUAUGUCCCUGCAGAAAACAGAGCUAAGUUCUGGUAUGCAGCUGAUUAUGGGAUGUUCCACUUCUGUAUAGGAGACACUGAGCAUGAUUGGAGAGAGGGAUCUGAACAGUAUAAGUUCAUCGAGCAAUGCUUCGCAUCAGCCAAUAGACACAAACAACCUUGGUUGAUUUUCGCUGCUCAUCGUGUUCUUGGUUACUCAUCCAAUGACUGGUAUGCUAAGGAAGGUUCGUUCGAAGAGCCAAUGGGAAGGGAGCACUUGCAAAAGCUCUGGCAAAAGUAUAAAGUUGAUAUGGCAUUCUUCGGGCACGUUCAUAACUAUGAAAGAGUUUGCCCUAUUUACCAGAAUCAAUGUGUGAAUAAGGAGACAUCACACUACUCUGGCGUAGUGAACGGAACGAUUCAUGUUGUUGUUGGUGGAGGAGGAAGCAAUUUAAAUAAAUUCACAACCAUUAACACCACAUGGAGUGUGUUCAAAGAUUAUGACUAUGGAUUUGUCAAACUUACGGCAUUUAACCAAUCUUCCCUUCUCUUUGAGUACAAGAAGAGCAAAGAUGGUAAAGUGUAUGAUUCAUUUACAAUAUCAAGAGACUAUAAGGAUGUCUUAGCUUGUGUCCACGAUGGUUGUGAACCAACUACUUUGGCUAGUUAAACUCAAUGUGUCCUGAAGCUUGCUAGAAUAACUAAUCUAGAUUCGCAUUGAGUAAGGGCGAAAAGAGUACUAUCAAGUUGGUUCUAGAGCUAGUGGUAUUUACAGCAUGUAUUUCUUUUCUCUCUCUCUCAUUAUGGUUCUAAGCUUUCAUAUUGCCUCCUUUUAAGUGGAUGUAAACUCUCAAUUUUCUGGGUAUCAACAACAGUAAACUAGCAGUUUUUCUUAGGAUUCAUUUGUAAAUUUUUU